AGUGCCAUCGAUGGUUUGACACCUCUACCAGGCUGAAUACUGAAUUUAAUUUGAUCUCAAAAACGAAAUUUAUUACCAAAAAUGCACAGACUCGAGGAAAGGGAUAUGGUGUCCUGCCCGUACAACAAGGAGCACGUGAUGCUACGCAAAAAGUAUCAGCAGCACAUUAUAAAAUGUCGUGAGCUCUACAAAGACACGGUAGAACUUCUUGUGUGUCCUUUUAACAAGGGGCAUCUCGUACCAGAGCCAGAGUUCCAUCAACAUACCAAAUCAUGCGAUGAUCGCAAAAUAAUUGUGCAGUAUCAAACCAGCGAACCAGCUGUGCUGCGCGCCGACACAAGACAUGAGAAAAUUGAAGCCGACGAGAAUUGGGACGAUAUUAAGGUUGAGGACUAUAAUCCGCAGGUAUAUUGCGCUCAGGCGAAUAUAGUGCGCGAACCGAACGGAAUGUUCCCGGCCCAGCGCAAGGCAUUCAUUAAAGAGGAACGUCGUCGUCGCGGCGAUUACUGUGAUGAAGAGGAGUCGGGCCAGUCCACGUCCCGUUCUGAAAAUCGUCCCACACCAUACAAUGCCAAUCAGCAGCGUUCGAAACGCUCUUACAAUUAAUGAGCCGUUUUUUAAUCUCAAAAUAAUGUACAAUUUGCUUCUAAAAACAUGAACUCAACCGACGAAGUUAUAUUCGCCUGUUCCUAGGCAUUUGGAGUAGUAAUCUUCAAAUCCACAAGUACUUCGAAUAAAGUGAAAUAUCGUGCCUUAA